GAUUGACUUUUAUGUUAAUUGUUACGGGUGAUUGUUACGUUACAUUUUUAUCUAAACAAGGAUCAAUAAUCGCACUCGUUAUUCAAGAUGACUUCAUCUGUUGGCGAUGAUUGGUUAAUUAUCGGAAUUUUACACGCUCGUUAUAAAACUUGCACAUUUUGCUUUUUUAUUGACUUUUGUAAUUAACGUUACAUCGGAUAAUCCGUUGUGUCGCGCCUGUAUCACGAACCGUCAGAUGGCGAUUCUGGUACCGGCUCGGACGAACGGAGAACGGAUGUUGCUGCGGAUGCGGACUGGUACCGCGCAGUCGAUCCGCGAACUCGAAAGCUACCGCGAAGCUACGCGAGUCGACCUUUGACUGCGCUUUCCAUGAACUUUUGUGAGCCACUCGGUGGCGAAGAGCUCGCGACAGCUCCCUACAGAGAACAAUACGGAUGAGCAUCUUUAUUUCACCUGAAACGUUACCAGUCCUUUCGGAGUAAGGACCCGAUGAAGGAUCGCAUCAUGGGCCGCACAGGAUACACGUGCAUCAGGCACGUUUUCUGCUCCCUCAACGUUUUGAUCUGGUUAUGCGCUUGUGGAAUUUUGGGUGCGGGCCUUUGGCUGCGAUUGGCUUACUCCGGAUACGCGACCUUGGUGCCGCAGUACAGCUUCGUGUCGGCGGACUCGCUGCUGCUCGCCGCGGGAUGCGUCACAUUCGUCAUCGCCUUCUUCGGAUGCUGCGGCGCGUGGUUCCAGUCAAGAUGCAUGCUGAUCACGUAUUUCAGCCUGGUAAUACUCAUGUUUCUCGCCGAGUUCAUGCUGGGCACCUUGGCGUUCGUGUUCAGGGAACAUCUCGCGAGGAGCUUGAAGGCGGAACUAUUGUACGGCAUUGAGAAGCAUUACAAUAUUACGAGGGAACCGGGAACGCUUUCUGCCAUGUGGGACCAUAUACAUACGGAGUUUCAUUGCUGCGGUGUACGCGACUACACGGAUUGGUUCCAAAUCGAGGCGUGGCCCGAGGAGGAUCGGGUGCCGGAUUCCUGCUGCAUGCAGCGGGAACGAUACUGCGGUCGCCUGGAUUCGGAGGGUCGUAACAAGGAGCUCUGGUACAAGGAAGGAUGCGCGACCGCCAUUCAAAUGUGGCUGAUAACUAGACUCCAUAUAGUAGGCACGGUGGGCCUCGUCGUGGCCUUCCUCCAGUUGUUCGGCCAAGUGGCCAGCAUGAUUCUCUUCUGCACGGUCAAGCACAAAAGAUCUUCUCACACGUACAAGAGUUACGACACUACCAAUACCUAGAAUUUCAGAUCGAUCUUAGACGAAACCACUGUCUAAGAUCGAUAGUACUCUUCUUGCGAUUUUCCGAUUCCCGUUGCACGCAGCGGGAACGAAUUUUUCCGGGAUCCUCGUCGGUGUAUUGCUCCUUCUUUGAAGACUCUCACGGAGGAACUCACCGCGGCGAUUUCAUCAAUCGCGCCGAAUUCGCAAAUUCGAAUUUGUAGGAAUACGAACACAACGAACGAGACGACAGUUUAUUAAGAAAGAUUAGGAAAAGAAAACGUACGUUGUCGAUGAUUAUUGAACAUUUAUUUUAUAAAUACAUAUGAGACAAUUUAAGUAGAUAAAGAUAGUUGACCAAAAAGUUUCCGCUGUGUACCAAAAAAUAUGAUAGGUAUUUAAUUGAUGGAUUCUUUCUUCUUAGUCUGGAUCUUAACAAUGUUUCUCGCAAUCCCCAGUGAUUAUUACGACUUCUGAAUAGUUCCAAUCUUGUCAGCUGAUAAUUAUUUAUAUCUCUAACUUUCUUAAGAGAGCAUCAGAAAUGUAUGACUCGUCGACCAUUUUAAUGUUUAUAGAUAGAAAAAGAUUUUUAUAGAUCGUGUAAGCAAAAUCUGGCAACAGAAAAAUUGAUUUGAAUAUGAGGACAAAUUGUAAAUAACGAGGAUGAAGAUUAUGAUCGAUCAUCAAACCGUAAUUUUCUAGUGGGACAAGUUUAUCCUACUUUCUUAAUAAUAGAGAUAAUUUUAAUCGUUAUACUCGAUAUUCAUUUAUGUAUGCGAAUUAAUCAGUUACUAUUUUACAAUAAUUGUAAAAUCUUUGUUUUACAAUAAUUGUACGUCAUAUCGAUUUUCAACGUUAACAAUCGGGAGUAAUUAGAUAGAUAGCGUGCAUGAUUAUGUGAUUUAGUCCCGAGUACUCAAUAGAGAUUGUAGAUGAAAUUAUCUUCAUUAUAAGCAUGAAUAAUUUGUUAAGAUUUUUGUAUUCAAUAUAUAUUAUAUAUAGAUAAAUAUAUAAAUUUAGUAAAUUAAAAAUCGUUAUUCUUACAUGUUAUCUGACGAAGCAAUCGAUUAAUCAUAAGUUAAAGCGAUGUUAAAGUUUGUAUAAUGCAUCGAGAUAAUACGACGAUAGUGAUGUAUUACGUGUAUUGAACAAAUUAUUAUUAAUAAUAAAGAAUAUAUUUAUAUGUGAUAAAAAA